CUGCCGCCCCCAGCGGGGCCGGGUGGGCGCGCAGGGUGCGCGCUGUGCCCGUCCCUGGCCGGGGCUGACACUGAAACCGCCCGCGCUCCCGCCGGGCCGAUCGGGUUACCCUGCCUGCCUGGAAUUUGCCAGAGAAACUCGGCGGCGUCUCCGAUCCAAAGGCUCCCGAACUGCUGGGAUGGUUUUCCCAGCCCUGGGGCCCGCUGUGCCGCUGGCUGGAGCUCGGACAGCACAGUCGCAGCCAUGCCGGCCACCAACCAGGGCUGGCCCGAGUCCUUCGGGUUCCAGAUAAGCGGCUCCGGGCCGUGCUACAUCCUCUGGGUGCAGGAGGGCAGCAGCGCGGCGCUGGCGGGGCUGCGCCCGGGGGACGAGGUGCUGGAGAUCGAGGGCCAGCCCGUGUCCUCCCUGGGCUGCGAGGCGCUGCUGGCGCUGGCCCGGCGCUGCGGGAACGUCCCCCCGAGCAUCGGCGUGGUGUCCCGGCUGCAGCACGCCAGCAUCCCCCCCGGGCCCCGCGGCUGCUUCGGCUUCGAGCUGGCCGUGGAGAGCCCCCCGCGCGUGGCCAGCGUGAGCCCCGGGUCGCCCGCGGCCGCCUGCGGGCUGGAGCCGGGGGAUUUCGUGCUGGAGGUGGACGGGACGCCGGUGGUGCUGCCGGAGGCGGCGGCCGCGCUGGUGGGGUCGUGCCGCGGGCGCUGCCUGCGCCUGGCACUGCUGCGGCCGCAGCGCGGGGACAGCGGCCGGGACCGCGGGGACAGCGCCCGGGACCGCGGGGACAGCGCCGGCACCGCCCGCCGCGACAGGAGGCACAAGGCGCAGGAGUUCAGCAGGAAGGUGGACGCGGUCCUGGGGGAGCAGCCGGAGCUGAAGGAGAGGCUGUUCGCCGUGCUCAAGCAGUACGCGGCCGAGAGGAGGGUGGAGUGCCUGGCCCACGCCCUGUGCCUGGUGCUCACCCGGGAGUCCCACCGGCCCCUGAUCGACAGCAUCAGGAUUUUCAUCCCCAAGAAGCACCGGCAGCGCUUUGACGAGGUGGUGUCUCAGAGCCUCAUCAGCAAACUGUGCCGCUCCAAGAGCGAGCACAGCAACCGCCUGCGCCGCAGCCGCAGCGAGGACCACCAGGAGCGGCUGCUCGUGUCCACCCGCGCCAGCUCCGUGCCCCGCAGCCACGAGGAGCUCAGCAAGAGCCUGCGCAAAACCACCUCGCUCAUCACCAGCAAUGUGGCCUCGGGGGCUGCCCGCAGAACUGUGCGAGUUUACAAGGGCAACAGGAGCUUUGGCUUCACGCUCCGUGGCCAUGCCCCGGUGUGGAUCGAGUCUGUCCUGCCAGGGAGCCCGGCGGAGAAGGCUGCUCUCAAAGCUGGAGACAGGAUCCUGUUCCUCAACGGCCUGGACAUGAGGAACUGCUCCCACGACAAGGUGGUGUCGAUGCUGCAGGGCAGCGGGGCCAUGCCCACCUUGGUGGUGGAAGAGGGCAUCGUCAACUUCUCCAGCGACUCUGACUCUGCUGAGUCCCCGAGCAGCUCCUCGGCCCUCACCUCCCUGCAGUGGGUUGCAGAGAUUCUCCCCUCUAGCAUCAAGAUCCAAGGAAGGACGUUCACGCAGCAGCUGGAGCACCUGCUGACCCCGCCCGAGCGUUUCACCGUCUGCAAGGCACUGGAGGGCUUCUUCCAACAUCGGAACAUCGACACUCUCAUUGUGGAUGUGUACCCGGUGCUGGACACACCGGCCAAGCAAGUCCUCUGGCAGUUUAUCUACCAGCUGCUGACCUACGAGGAGCAGGAGCACUGCCAGCAAAAGAUUGACAGGUUUCUGGGGUACAAGGCCUUGGCAGCUGAGGCAGAGGCCGAGGAUCGGUACCGCAGCUCCAUCCGAGGCGCCUCCCUGUGCCGGGGCAGCCUCCGCACCCCCCGCCCUGAGGAGGGGGCAGCAGGCAGUGACACCGUGGAGGUCCCCGUUCGCCUGAUCCCUGGAGAGAGACAGGCUGGAGAUGGCACGUCCCUCCCGGAGACACCCAACCCCAAAAUGAUGUCGGCUGUCUACGCAGAGCUGGAGAACCGCCUGAUCGGCGGCUUUGCUGGCAAGGUGGGCAACGCUGCCCUGCACAGGACGUCGCCCCCCGCCCCGGAGCUGCCGCACGCUGCAGGUGGCCGCAAGCCGGGGCUGGCGUGGCCGGGCGAGCCGCUGGCGAGCCAGCCCUGCUACUACCGCCUGCACAGCAGUGUGGCCUCGCCGUGCAGCACCGAGUCCAACCCCUACGUCAGCCUGGACAGCAGCCCGGCGCCGUCGCCCAAGCACCGGCAGUACUCGCCGCUGGCGCGGAGGAAGAAGCUCUUCACCUUCUCGCGGCCCCCGCGCAGCCGCGACACCGACCGGUUCCUGGACGCGCUCAGCGAGCAGCUGGGCCACCGCGUCACCAUCGUGGAUGAUUUCCUCACCCCUGAGAAUGACUACGAGGAGAUGAGUUUCCAGGAUGACCAGGGCAGCUAUGUCACCAACGAUGUCAGCAGCAGCGAGUACAUCAGCAGCAGCGACGAGGGCAGCUCCCUCACCUACUCCACGCUCUCGGACCACAUCCCCCCUCCUCCGCUCAGCCCCCCGCCCCCGCCGCCCCCCCUGCAGUUCCACGACCCCCAGAGCGGCCCCACCAAGGCAGAGGCCACCAAGGCCGGCGCAGUGCCCACCCCCAAGGCCCUGGUGAGCCACCUGCACCCCAUCCCGCCCCCACCGCCACCACCACCGCCACCACCCGUGCCCUGCGCGCCGCCCCUGCACCGCGGGCUGCUGCACCGCAGGAGCGACUCCAACCACAUGAGCGUCAAGAGGCUGCGCUGGGAGCAGGUGGAGAACUCGGAGGGGACCAUCUGGGGGCAGCUCGGGGAAGACUCGGACUACGACAAGCUGAGUGAUAUGGUCAAAUACCUGGACCUGGAGCUGCACUUUGGGACUCAGAAGCCCACGAAGCCAACUCUCAUGCCUGAAAACUUUAAAAAGAAAGACGUGGUUGAAAUUUUGUCCCACAAAAAGGCCUACAACACAUCCAUCCUGAUCGCCCACCUGAAGCUGUCGCACAUCGAGCUGCGGCAGAUCCUGAUGACGAUGGAGACAGACCGCCUGGAGCCGUCCCACAUCAAGCAGCUGCUGCUCUACGCGCCCGACGGGGACGAGGUGCAGCGCUUCCAGAGCUACAAGGAGAACCCCGGCAAGCUCAGCGAGCCCGACCAGUUCGUGCUGCAGAUGCUGUCGGUGCCCGAGUACAAGAUCCGCCUGCGCAGCCUGCACUUCAAGACCACCCUGCAGGAGAAGACCGAGGAGAUCAAAGCCAGCUACGAGUGCAUUUGCAAGGCCUCCCUAGAGCUGAAAAGCAGCAAGAAGCUGGCAAAGAUCCUGGAGUUCGUGCUGGCCAUGGGAAACUACCUGAACAACGGGCAGCCCAAGACCAGCAAAACCACAGGCUUUAAAAUCAACUUCCUCACUGAGCUGAACACGACCAAGACUGUGGAUGGGAAAUCCACCUUCCUGCACAUUCUUGCCAAAUCCCUCAGCCAACACUUCCCAGAGCUCCUGGGCUUUGCCAAGGAUCUCCCGACAGUGCCGCUCGCUGCCAAAGUGAACCAGAGGGCUCUGACAGCUGACCUGAAGGACCUGCACAGCACGGUGAGUGACAUCCAGAAGGCCUGUCACAGCAUGCCAGCCACCGCCGAGGACAGGUUUGCCAUCGUCAUGAGCUCCUUCCUGGAGAGUGCCCAGCCUGCCAUGCGCUCCCUGGAUGACCUGCAGCACAAGGCCAUGGAGGAGUUCAGCAAGGUGUUGUCCUUCUUUGGGGAAGACUCAAAAAUGACAACUUCUGAAGCCUUCUUUGGCAUUUUUGCAGAAUUCAUGAGCAAGUUUGAGCGGGCUCUCAGUGACGUGCAGGGGGGCGAGAGCCAGCGCAGCCCCAGGAUGACCUCCCCCCUGGCCUGGUGACGGCCACCCGAGGUGUGACAAUUCAUUGCCAACAAAGUGCAAUUUGCUCCUGUCCAGUCUGGUUGUAAAUACGCUGCUGCCACCUGCUACCACCCAGCAGAGUCAGGGACAGAGGGCUCGGGGCAGGUGGACACAGAGAAGGCACCGCAGGUGACAGAGGACAACAUGAGGGUGGCACGAAGAUAAACCCUGCACUGGUCCUGACAGAGCUUCCUUAGCAGCCUCCGUUUCCAGGGGAUCACUGAGCCAAGGGUAAAACCCCAGUGUCCCACGUUUCCCAAACCCCUGUUACUGGCACCAGCAGCUGCUGGAGACCUUCCCCACACCCCCACAGCCACUGCCCACGCGUGGGGGGCUCUGCCCAGGCAGCCUGGGGGCGAGGGAGAGCCCAGCCACAGUCCCUGGGAAGCCAGAGCAGGUGAGCUGGGACAGGAGCACAGGGGGAUGCGCAGGAGGGCGGCCACCUCCAGCUCCUCUGGGACCCUGAGGACGCUGCUGAGUCCUCUCCAGUCCCUGUCCAAGCCCUUCUGCCCUGGAGCUGGAGCUGAGCAGGUGGUGACCGUGGGGCAGAGAUCCCUGCAGGUGGCCUGGAAGCUUCAAUCCCCUUGCACUGGCAGCCAGUGGCCGUGGGAAGCAGUAGGACCCUGCAGAACCCUUCUGGCACAUCCGUGCGGCCCCAAGGACGGAUCCGGUCUGACCCUUCCCAGCUCACGGGUCCUUCCUGGCCCCCAGCUCUGCCUCAGGCUGUGCCAGAGGCUGACGGAUCUUGAACCCUUCCCAAGAGUGUAACACCAUCAGCACGAGGUUAUUGGAGCUCGCCAGCAGACAGCCCUGAGCGUUUUGAUGCCUCUUUGGAAAGCACAGAAUCCCUGAGAGCCUAAAAACGAGCAGGAGCCCCCUGCAGCCCCAGGUGCUGCUGUGAGGGAAACAUCCCCUGCCCUGCUGCAGCCUGCAGUUCUGAGAGCUCCGUCACUGCAGGAAUUUACUGCUUUUCAUGGGGAAGAAAUACCCCAGGGAACUCCAGAAGUGUCCACGGCCACCUCCCACCCCGCACACCUCCCCCGUGCACGUCCCUCUCUCCGCACAGCCUGCCUGUCUUUCUUCCCUGCGUUCCCCCGUGCUGCCCGGGAUGGAGGGACAGCCUCCCCCGGCCGGUGCAGGCUCCGCCGCCUCCCUUCCGUGCAGAACUCGCCCGCUGCCCC